AUGCGCUUUCCAGGUCAUGAAGAACACUCGGCGCCUCGCGUUACGCGGCGAAAAGAGCACAGUCGCCGCGAUCACCCAGAGGGCUACCGAACGAUUUACGAGCGUGUGCCCAUCUUGCUCGACAGAACAAGCGCAACGCCGCGAGCCCACCUGCGAAGAUCCCAGACGGCGGAAUUCAAACCGCUUCCUACCCCAAAACCCGAAUUACCGCAGAGGAGAAGACCUAUUAAAAUUCCUGAGCCCGUUCCCGCUGGCUUUGGGAACAGAAGCUCCCACGAGAACUCUAUGGAAACGCGAAUAAGACAGGACAUAUACCCGCCCAUGCCGUCGCAUAUUCGCUCACAUACGAUGCCUCAGGUCGUGCAGCAAUACGGGCCCUAUCACGAUGACGAUAACGAGCCACAGUUUUUCUCCCCCACUGAUGACAGCCCGUUUGUAUCGCCGCUGAGCGAUGAGGACGAAGACCUCUGGCCCCUCGCAACGCACGAUAAUUCUAGCUCAACCGUGAACCGCCCAUCGUCCUCCACGCAGGCCCGCGAAGUGUCGCCGAUUCGCCAUGCAAGGUCCUUGCCCAGCCUCGGCAACAGCCCGGGGCGCUCGCUUCGCACGCCAGCACCCAUCAGCACGCACAGUCGCCGCGCGCUAGAGCUGGCGGAGAGAUGGCAGGAGCAGCAGCAACUACAGCAGCAACGGCAGCCUGCCAGGGCGUCUUUGGAGCAGCCUAGAUUAUCGACAUUUUACGAGCAUGCCCCCUCUCAACGUCCGACGACGGCGGGUGGAACUGAUGAAUUUGAUGGCUCUCCGUUUCUGUUUGUGGAGAGGGACUCCAGUCUCCCCCCAAUUGUGUAUCGAAACGGAGUGCGUCGGGGCUCCGAGAUUUCAACGGCGAUGUGGCGGCCGCCGUAUCGUGUUUUGCAUAGUUACUACUCACCAGCAUAUAGAAACGCGCCGAUUUGGGGAUAG